CCCCCUCAGGCAGAGGCGAAGCCCCGCCCCUCUGUGGCGAGCGGCUACGCCCCCAAAGCGUUCCACGUGGAGGACACGCCCGUCUGCUUCUCCAGGAACUCGUCGCUCAGCUCGUUGAGCAUCGACUCUGAGGACGACCUGCUGCAGGAGUGCAUCAGCUCCGCCAUGCCCAAGAAGAAGAAGAAAGCCGCCGCUGCCGCCACCAUCCCCACCGCUGUCGCCACGCCACUUCCUGUUCCCAAAGUCAACGACAGCAUUCUGGCUGAGGAAGAGCCUUCAGAGGCUCCGAGAAGCCCCGCCUCCCCUGACUCUGAGUCCUUUGAUUGGAAGGCGAUCCAGGAAGGCGCUAACUCCAUCGUCAGCAGCCUGAACGCCGCCGCCGCCUCGUCGCUCUCCCGCCAGCCGUCAUCAGACUCUGACUCCGUCCUGUCCCUGAAGUCCGUGGGCUCGCCGUUCCGCCUGCCGACGACCAAUAACAACGCAGAAGAGGAAGAGGGGGAGGAGGCGGUGAAGCGAGGGGCGAGGAUCCUGAAGGGCGGGGAACGCACCACGCUGGAGGCCAAGAAGAAGAAGGAGGAGGAAGAGGAGGAGGAGGCUGCGAAGGCGGUGAGAGGCGGGAAGAAGGUGUACAGGAGUCUGAUCACAGGCAAGCCGAGGGCGGAGCCUGCAGCCCGGGGCCGCAGUAAACCCAGAGCAGCACCUGCGGCCAAACCUCCAGGAAGCAGCGAGGGCGCCGACAGAGGAGGCGGGUCCUCUCGGGACUCCACGCCGUCUCGCUCCUCCUCCGCAGCCAGUCAGAAAGGAGGGAAGCUGUCACAGUUGCCGCGUACGGCGUCUCCUGGAAGUGCAUCAUCCUCAUCGUCGGUGCCCUCCAGACCGGCCAAGCAGAGCGGGGCGGCGAGGAGCGGCGGCAUCCCGAGGAGCGAGUCUGCAUCGAGAGUCAGCAGCUCCGUGGUGGCGAAGAAGCCAAAGGCGGAGCCUGAGAAGCCGGCGCUCGUCCGUCAGUCGACCUUCAUCAAAGAGGCGCCGAGCCCGACGCUGAAGAGGAAGCUGGAGGAGUCUGCGGCGGCGGCAGCGUUGGAGUCCCCGUCCAGCCCCGACACACCGCUACCACCAACAACGAGGAGACACGACGUCAACCGCUCCCAGUCUGAGAGCCCGUCACGCCCACAGGAAGUGACAUCAUCGCGCUUCAGCCGCACUGGCACCUGGAAGCGCGAAAACAGCGGCGGGGGUGGAGGGGGGAGUGGCGGUAAACACUCGACAUCACUGCCGCGUGUGGGGACGUGGAAGAGGACAGGAAGCUCGUCGUCUGUGCUGUCGGCGUCGUCGGAGUCUAGCGAGAAGGGGCGGAGCGAGGAGGAGAACGGCGUGAGGUCGAAGGGAACGUGGAGAAAGGCGAAGAACGGCAGCGCUGACUCAUCAGCGGGGCGGAGCUUCACCGACAAAUCAGAAGACGUGUGGGUUCGUCUGGAGGAUUGUCCCGUCAACAACCCGCGCUCAUCCUCUUCCUGUUCAGCCCGCUCUCCCACCGCCGCCAACGCCCCGCCCGUCAUUGACAGCCCCGCCUCCUCCAAGAUACCCUCCUCCUCCUCUUCCUCCUCCUCCAACCUCAACCUGCGGCGUAGCUGUGAGAGCCUCGACGACACGCCGCCGCCUGAACGCCAGCAGCAGCCGCAGCGCAGUCAGCAGCGCAGCGGCGCCGUGGCGGCCCGAGUCAGCCCCUUCAACUACACGCCGAGCCCGAGGAAGAACAACGCUGAAAACACCACCACUGCAACGCCAACUGCCACAACAUCAUCAUCAACGACCCCAACACGGCCUUCACUCAUCCCCACGCCCGUCACCAAGAAACGGGAACCAAAGGGCGGAGAAGGUGGCGGCAACAGUGGCGGCAGCGGUGGCGGCACCGGCGGUGAACGCGGCUCGUACAUCGUGACGUCAGUGUGAGAGGAAACCAGAAGAAGAAUCUGGAAAAAGACACAAAAAGGCGGCCACGGUGGUGGCAGUGUAAAUACUGAGAAACACCCGGACGUGUUUGUGAACUGUACAGGAAGUGAGUCUGUAUUUAAGUGCUAGCCCCGCCCCCUCAGCUCCCUCCUCUGCCCUCAUUGGCUCCUCUCACCUGUCAGUCAAGCUUCUUUACUGGAUGAGAAACUUACACAUAAAGUUUUUAUGUUUUUAUACCACUAAAAUGUGUAGCGCUUAGCUCCGCCCCCUCUGCCUGUGUCCCUGCAUGGCCCCGCCCCCUACCUUCACCGUGACGAUGAUGAUGACGACGAUGAUGAUGAUGUUAGCUGUAGCGUCGGAGCUGAUUCUGCUCCUUCAGAACGUUUCAUGUUUUUUGAUGAGUUUGGUUCUGGAAAGCUUUUUUCUCUUGCAGACGACCUGCGAUCAUUUCUCCUGGUCCCGGACUCUGGGACCCGAACUCUGGUCCCGGUCUCGGACCCUGGUCCCCGGUCCUGGUCCCAGACUCUGGACCCUGGUCCCGGCCCCGGACGCGGUCAGAGUAGAAACCAGUUUUUCUGAACCUCACUCACACACUGCUUCUUUCCAGAGAGGGAAGUUUGCUGCCGCCGAACUGUAAAACGUCUGAAACACUUUGUCCCUGAACUUCCUGGUGAAAUUUGAGGAUUGUGGUUGGCUGAAAACUUCCCGCUCUGUGUCGCCUUGGCAACAAAUAACACUGUAAAACGUAAGUUAUUGCUGUAAAACCUUUUAACUUUGAAGCACAUAAUUUAAAAGAUUUCUGCCAAAACGUUUCUGUAACUGUUUUUCUGUUGAUGCUGGAGGAAACAAUGUUUAACAUAAGACAACAAUAAAACAUUUUAGCUGCAAA